UAAGUGUCCCACACCAGCGUCAGUGAGGCUCGCGCUCCACACCUCUCCCUCCCGGCUGAAGGAGCAUCCUAUAGGCUAAUCAGGUGGUGGUUUCUAGCCAGCCUCAGCAUCCGCCGCCCCUCAGUGGAACGCGCCCAUACGAGUGGCAGUACGCGCUGAGGUGUUUUUCUUUUCUUUCCUGCCCGCUACCAUGACAGAAAUGUCGGAUAUCGCGUGCCUUCUCGUCCCGCUGCUGAUGCUCACGGGGUCCACCAUCCAGGCGGACGUGAAGAGCGUCAAAGAGGCAGAAAAAACGGGGAAUUUCAUGGAAGACGAGCAGUGGCUGUCCACCAUUUCACAGUACAGCCGCAAGAUCAAGCACUGGAAUCGCUUCAGAGACGAUGACGACGUGCGUACCUGGGACGAAAACCAAGGCUCUAAUGACAACGUAGACACCACCAAGGACCCCUGUCAGAAGGUUAAGUGCAGCCGACACAAGGUGUGCAUCGCCCAGGGCUACCAGAGAGCUGUGUGCGUCAAUCGCAAGAAGCUUGAACACAGACUGAAGCAGCCCACUCUCCGGUCUCCCGAUGGGAACUGUCAACCCUGUCCCAUCUCCUCCACCGGGCCUGUGUGCGGAUCAGACGGACACAACUAUGCCUCCAAGUGCAAGCUGGAGCAGCAGGCGUGUCUUACAGGGAAGGAUCUCACUCUGAAGUGUUCAGGUCUGUGUCCUUGUCCAACUGCAGCUCCAGAAACCAAGGAGGCUAAACGUGAGAGCUGUACCGGACAGGAUCUGUCCGAUCUCGGCGAGCGUCUGAGGGACUGGUUCCAGCUUCUGCAGAGCAAUGCCAAGCAGAACAACAACAGCAAACCUGGAGCCAGAGCUACUGCAGCCAGUUCCACAUCAGUGCUGGACAGAAGCCUGGUCGCCAGCUGUAAGGACUCCAUUGGCUGGAUGUUUUCCAAGCUAGACACCAACAAUGACCUGUACCUGGAUCAAAAUGAGCUGGCUGCCAUCAACCUGGACAAGUAUGAGGUCUGCAUUCGACCAUUUUUCAACUCCUGUGACUCCUACAGGGACGGCUGGGUGUCCACUGCUGAAUGGUGUCUUUGCUUCUGGAGAGAGAAACCUCCCUGCCUGGCUGAAAUAGAGAGAAUUCAAGUACUGGAUGGUGGCAAAAGAAAGUUUGGUCGAUUCAUCCCCAGCUGCAACGAAGACGGCUACUACAGGAAGCAGCAGUGCGACCAGGGCAAGUGCUGGUGCGUUGACAAAAACGGAGGAGAAGUAGCUGGAUCUAGGACUCGUGGGAAGCCAGAUUGUGAUUCUGAAAUGACAUAUUCAGGAGAUUUUGGCAGUGGGGUCGAGUGGGAGGAUGAGGAGGAGAAAGAAGGUGAGGAGACUGCAGAGGAGGCUGAGGAAGAAGAGGGGGAGGUGGGAGAAGUGGAUGAUGGGGGUUAUAUCUGGUAAGGGGCCAAAUCCAACCUCUCUACAGGAGCCUCUCAAUGGUCCCAAACACACACACACACAAUGCAGGGGGUGGAUGUGAUGACAACUUUCACACAACUUCGACUCAGAAAAACACGAGGGAGAAUUGGGAAUAGUUUGGGAAGAAGGGAAUAUUUAUUAUUACAGGAUGUUCUUAAUUUGGGCGCGGGAAAGGGGAGGUGUUCUGGAGUUUUGUCCUUUCUACUUGUGAAUCUGUUCACUUUUGUUGUAUGUCGUUUCAACUAUCUCUGAGCUGUUUUUUAGCUGAUGCAUAAUGGAGAAUAAGAGCUGCUGUUGCUUGUAUAAAAAAGCUGGUUUGGGUGCAUUCCAGUCAUCUCGAUUGGUAUCUUUCACGUGUCAGGAACCAGUUUUGGUUUUAAACUGAAAAUUGCAGCAUUAGACUAUAAAGAAGCACCUGUUGACUUUAUUGUCUCUGUGUCAUUGGCUUUGACCCAUAUGUGACAGUAGUGCUCUGUCUCAUUCAUGACUUAUAAAGAAGCUUCUCCCACGUCACUCCUUAGCUUGUAAAUAAUGUGUGUCAGAAGACAGAAUGUCACCUACUAGUCAAUGCCUUGAAAGACUGGCAGAUUAUACUGCUUAGCUAACAAGUGUACAUCGUAUCAUAACGUGGAUCAGUUACUGUGUUUAAUAAAAAAAUAUAAUGAAAUAAACGUAUCUAUGUGGCUCGGCUGGCCACAGUUCAUCUGA